AGCUGUCAACCACAACUCCACAAUGUAAAUUGUAAAUAGAACAAAAUCUGAAAAAUUUGUCAUGUUUUUUAUGAAAGCUUCAUGCUUUCCAGUUUUUGUUAAAGAUAAGUUCCCUGAAAGAAAAAAGUGAAGUUUUCCUGAUAAGAUAAGUUUUCCAGAAAGGAAAAGAAAACUGUGUUAAAAAUUAAGAAAGGAUGCCGUUUAAAUUUCAUUUAAAGAAGAGUCGGCAAUACGACGUCGUCUCGAAGAAUCAAUACGUACUUUGUGUGGAACUUCUGGACUCAACAUCGAUAGAAUGUACUUUGAGUAUUGGAAGUACAGGGAGGGAAUGUUUAGUAAAUGUAACACAACGCCUCGGUUUCGGACAACCAGAAUUUUUUGGCCUGUGUUACGUUUCCAGAGAGAGUCCACAUUCCUUUCGAUGGAUGAAUAUGGAUAAACCUCUUAAAAAAGAGCUUGAAAAAAGGGCUAAAAAUUUCAACGUUUACCUACGAAUGAUGUAUUAUGUUGUGGAUAUUCAGCUCAUCCAAGAUGAUUUUACUAGGUAUCACUAUUAUCUACAAAUGAAGAACGACAUUUUGGAGGGACGAAUUACGUGUGAUGCGAGGGUAGCUUCGCUUUUAGCAAGUUAUUCUAUGCAGGCUGAAUUUGGAAACUACGAUGCGAACAGACACACAAUCGAUUGUCUCCAGCAAAUAAUUUUCUUCCCUAAAGCUCUGACACAAACAGAAGCGAGGGGGCAGGAGACUCUCUUAAAUGAUGCAAUUUGCCAGUAUAAGAAUUUAACUGGAGUGGCGCAAUCUGCUGCCGAAGAAAUGUAUAUUAUGAAUGUAAUGCAAUUAGAAGGCUAUGGUUACGAAACAUUCAUUGCAAAGGAUGAUGGAAACAAUGAAGUUAUUCUUGGUGUUUCUAUCAAUGGAAUCAUGGUUGGACCUUCUACAUCACAAGCAACAACAUUUUAUGGGUGGCAUGACAUAAGCAACGUGAUUAGUCAGAAAAAGACUUUCAGAAUCGAGUGUCAAAUUGAAGGCGAAAGUGCAAAACAAUUUGCAUUCGCCGAAUCACGCCAAGCAAAAUAUGUCUGGCAGUUGUGUAUCGAUCAACACCAUUUUCAUAUGCAACAUCAAAACGUUCCAUUACCUGAGCGGGUCAGUAAUGGGCAUUUUAAUGAUGCAAAUGAACAGAUAACUUCUCUUCGUUUGGAUAAUCAAACUGAGAAUCACAUGCGCUGGAAUAGUUACAGCGACUUGUCGACUUCUCCAUGUCCGGUGGUUUCCGUUUCCUCAAAAGACACAAGUAAUUUGCAAGCUUUGCUUCCUCCUUAUAGACCAGCACCUGAUUACGAUACAGCAAUGCAAAUCAAGUACAACAACGGUGCAAUUACUUCUCAUCCUUAUUAUGCUAAUCAAUCCACAAUUAUUGGGGCUGAUCUCUCUUGUCUGAUAAACAACGUUGCGAAUCGUAACAGAUACUGAUUUCAUGAUUAAGGAUGUUCUCUCACUUUUCUAGAGCCGAAAGUGAAUAUUUAAGCGAAAUUUUAAAUCUUCAAAUCAGGAAUUUCACAAAAUCUUGAAGUUUUUAUCUUUGAAGGAUUUCCAAAGUUUUCAAAUUUCUUUAAAUUUGAAUUCAGUCGAAAUUGAAAACUUCCACAUUUUUAAAAUUUUUAAUUUUUAAAAUAUGUACAAAUUUAUUUCCUAUUUUGUAAGAUAACGUUCUAUUUUUGGCUCUAUAAUCACAGCAUUAAUUCUUCGAAAGUCAAACCUUCGAGCGAUUCGAGUAGGGACUUUGUGACUGAAAUUAGAAGAACUUACUAUUUCACAAUAAGAUGUUUUUUACUUUUGAUUGUGUGCGACGUUAAUUCUAUACAUCAACGAUAUUUUACAAUCUAAUUGUAAGUUAAUCAAAAUUAUUUUCCCUAAGCUUCAAUCUUUUUUAUCAAUUAAGUAAAAUACUCGCCGUAUUUAGUUUCGAACAUUGUUUUACGUUAGAAUAGAGAAUUUUAGUUUCAUAACAUGUAUGUAUUUACUCGAACCAUUUAUAAUUUAUUUAUUACGUCAGUUUCAUUGAAAUUGAAUUUUAACAGCCUUUUGUGAUAUUCUCAGUAACAUUAAAUUUCGAUCUCAUUUCGGAAUUCUAUUAUAUUUUUUAUAGGUUGUACUUUAAAUAAACAUAAGUAGCGCUUUUUGCUUUUGAUGAGCUUGUUAAGCAAUUUUGUUUAAAAAGUGAAUUCCUCCUUUAUAGUAAUUUUAUUUAUGUUCUAAGCAAUUGAAAUAGAAGUUUUGGAAAAGUGUCUUCAAAUCUCUUUCAUAUUCGGCAUAACUACAAAACAAAUUUAUGUUUGUGUAAAGUAUUUAACUUAUGUUUCGUAGAUUUUCAUGUUUAUUUAGAUUAAGUAAAACUUUGUGUGUCAGAUUUUAAUUAGUUGAAUACAUGUUGCGAAGACAGAAUUUUAUAUGAGAUCUCUUACUAUAAGUGUGUAAUCGAUUUUUUGUGUGUUGUGGACACGUAAAAUGUAUAUCGUAAAUCGUUUCACAUUAAAGUUUUUACUGCGUA